AUGCGGUCUUCAAUGCUCUGUCUUGGGAUCGCGCCCCUGAUCUCGCUGCUGGUGUCUGCACACACCCAAAUCUGGUAUCCUCAGUGGCGCGCAGACUCUUUCGACCUACCGUUUUCGCAGAGGAUAUAUCCCUGUGCCGGGAUAUCUGACAACUCAACAACACCUCGAACUGAGUGGCCUCUCACCGGAGGAUCUCUCAACGUCACUCUCCAUGAUGCUGCCGCUUACAUCUUCAUCAACCUCGGCCUCGGGGCGAACUCGUCAGACUUUAACAUCACCUUGUUCUCUGCGCCGCUCAAUGAGACCGGGCCUGGAAAUCUUUGCUUCCCCAAGCUGGCACUACCGACUGGUCUCCCCAUUCAGGAGGGUACACAGGCGUCGAUCCAAUUUGCAACAGCCGGUCACAAUGGUGAGGGCUUGUACAAUUGCGCCGACAUUAUCUUCACCAAUAAUGCCACUCUCUUGCUUUCGGAUCAGUGUCACAACAGCUCAACCGUGAGCGUUACUACCCUUGGUUCUUGUUCAUCCCUUUCGAUGAAUUCUAGCACUGAGUCGAGCUCCGCGACAGCCUCGAGCUCCUCCGCUGCGGAGACGUUCGUUCCCUCUGCAUUGAUGAUACUUUUGGCGAGUCUGUUUGUUGCUGGGCUACGUUUGUGCGAUGAAUGGUUGUGCGAUGAAUUGCUGCAAGGAGAGCUACGGUACCGCAUCAAGGCGGAUCGCGUCAAUCGAAGUUCGAUCAUGCCCUUCUGCUACAUCGAUAUCUCUAAAGAAGCUAGAAAUGAGGAUGGCGCCGUUCAUUCCUCUCUCCUUACCAUGUCUUCUACCCUUCUUUCGCAGGAAGUGGGUGCAAGCACACCAUGGCAUGAGAAUACGUCGCCUUCCGAUGAUCAGGGGAAUGAAUCUCAAUGUGACCGCCUUGAUAAAGAAUCAGUCCAGGAGGUUGUGGUGGAGGCUGAGGGGAAUCUUGAACCAGCAGAUGAUUCCAUCAUGUGGACGAUCAUGUCCAAUCAGUUCGAUCCGCCAUGUCAAAAGGACCAGCCAUCUGAGAAAACAUCAAAAAUUAUCCUACCGCAUUAUCUGCGCCCAAUUCCGACGCAUAUCUCCAACGAAGACCUCGACUACCUUCAAAAGAAAGGAGCUUUUGAUAUCCCGGCUACCAUUCAACGCAACGAGCUGCUUCGGUGUUACAUCCAAUAUGUGCACCCUCUUUUACCCAUCAUUGAUCUCCGCGACUUCCUACGUGCUAUUGAUAGAGACGACCCUAGCGACACCAUCAGCUUGAUGCUACUCCAAGCAGUCAUGUUUGCGGGCACCACGUUUAUUGACAUGAAUUAUGUUACGGGCUACGAGAAUCGCCGAGCUUACCAGAGAGCAUAUUUCCAAAAGGUCAAAAUGCUCUACGACCUGGACUUUGAGGAGGAUCGAGUCACAGUUGUACAGUGCGUUUUACUAAUGACAUACUGGUACGAGAGCCCUAAUCAUCCCAAAGACAUAUGGCACUGGGUUGGAAUAGCGGUGGCCUUCGCGAGAUCCGUCGGUCUCAACUGCAUUCCCCAGGAAAGUUGCGGCACCGUCCAGGAGAAGCGGCUUUGGAAACGAAUAUGGUGGGGCUGCUAUAUGCGUGAUCGGCUGGUCGCAGCUGGGAUGCGGAGGACGAUGAGAAUCAAGGAGGAGGAAUGCUGCGUCGAGGGAUUGAACAUCGAGGACUUCGAAGCAUGCACCUCCCUGUCUGAUUUCGAACACAUGAUUGGGUCCGCCUGCGCGACCGGCGAUGGGCCAACUCACGCAAACCUGGUCCGGCUCUGCAUAGCUUUGGUCGAGCUAUGCAGAAUCAUUGCAGAUAUUCUGACAUUACAGUACGCGACGCCAUCGCAGAAGAUCGGUGGAACUCACGAAGCCACUAUGAAGCUGCUGCCCAAGUCGCCGUCCGCUGCAACCGAAGUAGGAAGGCGAGAUCGAGACCUCGAAACGUGGUAUGAAGGAUUGCCCGCGGAAGUUCGCUAUUCGUUUUCCGAGACGCAACAUGACUCGAGUCCUGUCAGCGAUCGUGUUGUGUAUCUGCACAGCGCGGUGGUAGCCAGCGUCUAUAUUGCGAUCACCAGCACCCUGCAUCGACCACAGUGCAUGAUCGCCCCCGCAAAGCAUCUAACGGAGACUCAGAAGAGGUCCAAGAUGAAGGUAUAUGACGCUGCAAGCAAGGUGGCAUCCCUCUAUCGGGACAUCGUCGCCCGAAACAUGACCGACAGUGUCCCCAAUACAAGCGUGGCAGUCCUACUCCCGGCCUGUGUUGUCCUUCACGCAGAUGCCCGGUCAGCCACCUCGGCAACAUGUCGAGAGUCCCAGGAACGCCUUCAGGAUUGCGUCAAGGUCUUGCAAAGACUACGCGAAAUGUACGCCUCGGCAGAUUUUGCACUAUUGGUACUCUCUCAAGCGAUCCAGAAAUUAAAUCCUGCCACCCGGGGCCCUGUGUCUCAACAAGGAACAGCUCUAGAGUCCAAACCUGGCCUAGGCAAGGUCCAUUCUACGACGCAGCAGGACCCAGGCAUGACGGACCCUUCUCCAUCAACACAAGAGAACCAAUCUCUGCCUAGCUCCAAACCAAUUCAUUUUCAGUCUGUGUCGACUUCAGUGACGAGGAGUACGGAAUGCGUGCAAUUGACAGGGCCACAUUGGCGAGCCGAAGAAGCCACCCAUAGAGAGAGUCAACGUCACCAAAUGCACAGCCAUAAUCAGAUUGACGGCGUGAAUGAUUUAUGGUGGGACGAUUUAGUAAAUUUCUAA